UAAAACUGAACUAAAACUAACCAUAAUAUUUUAAAAUCCAGGUAUGAAGUACACCAUCACUUUGGAGUUAAAACCUACUGAAACCACUCUGGAGGAGGUGCUCCAUGCCCGCGGUCGAAGUGCUACCCCAGUUAUGAAACGUAGAAGAGUAAUACCUAUGAAAGGACAGGUUAUUACCAAUGAAGAGUGCUUAAAAGAGAUCAUGAAGAGUGCUUAAAAGAGAUCAAGAGUAAAGAGGAGAAUAAAAUGCAAACAGCUAAGCAAAACAAAAAGACAAAGCAGCCCCCAAAGAAAAAGAAUGUUGAAGUUUCAGACACAGAUUCCACAACUGUAUCCACUGAGGAAAUGGAUGAUGGCAACACUUCCAGUGAUAUCUUGCUGUCUGACCUGCUGCCUCCUAUGACCCCAGAAGCUACAGAUGAAGUCAAUGAACAACAAGAGAAUGCUGGCACUAAUCAUGAUAUGAUGCCUAAGCUGAGUGAUGAUUCUGUGAACAAAUAUUACGCUGUAUUUUACACUGAUCCCAAGUUAAAAUAUUAUUGGGGUAAGGUGACGAAGACCUUUACAAAUGACGAUGACGACGAUGACAUUGAAAAGGUGGAAGUUGACUUCCUUCACCAAAAGGCAUUUAGUAGUAACCCACAUGACUGGACAUGGUGCGAAAGACCAGUAAAAGACAUUGAAGUAUUAGUCACAGUACAUAUUUUAUGGACCUGUUCUCCCAGAAAUCAAAAAAGGAGUUUUCAUUUUCCCUGAUGUAGAGGCAAAUGCCUGUCUUCUUCGUCUUAAAAAGGAAGGGCUCUGUUAAUUAAUUUUAUUAACAGAAUGGAUCUGACCUAGUACUAAGGUCAUUAUUUACCCCAUUCAUUUUUUCCCCACGUGAUUUUUUUUACCCCAAAAUGGUCCUUUUUUUCCCUACAGGCAAAUUUGCCAAAUUUUUCAAAUAAUUCAGCUUAUUUAGUGAUU